AAGGUCAAAGUACAUUGACCCUUCACUUCCAAUCUCCAAUCUCAACAAAACAUAGAUCUAGUACCUGUACCUGUAGUCCACACCUGCACCAUGAUGAACAGACUAGGUAACAGACUGGGAUCACUGGCUGUAGGGGCGUCACAACUGACUCUGGCUAGACCAGUCACCCGGUGGAACCCUCAUAGGUACCCCUCCUGGAGACCAAGUAGAGGCAUUCACACGCACCUGAGGACAAUACACACUGGACGAAGUGUAUUGGGGGAAGUUCCCUUCCUCCUCCCUGACGUCGGUGAGGGUAUACAGACGGUGCAGAUUAUGGAAUGGCUGGUGAAGGAAGGAGACACCGUUACUAUGGGUGAUGAUGUCUGCAAUGUACAAAGUGACAAGUCUGCAGUGACCAUCUCUGUCCCAUAUGACGGUGUAGUAUCGAAGCUGAUGUAUGAGGUAGAUGACACAGCUGUCAAGGACAAGCCACUCAUGAUCAUUGACGUGGAUGGAGAGGAAGGAAGUGCUGUGACUACACCUGUUGAGGAGACCCCACCCAUUAGCACACCCCCAACAGUAUCCUCCCCAUUGUUAACCACCCCUGCCGUUCGUAAAAUAGCAGCAGAGCAAAGUAUUGACCUCAGCCAAGUCAAGGGCACUGGCAAAGAUGGACGAAUUUUGAAAGAAGAUGUCAUGAACUUCACUCAAGUUGUUUCAGGGGGUAAACUUUUGGCAACCCCUGCCGUUAGGGGGAUGGCUAGGGAGGAAGGGGUGGACUUGCGUACAGUGAGGGGGACGGGGGAAGGGGGGCGUAUCCUUAAAGAGGACCUCUUGGAUUACAUUGCUGCCACUCCUCCUCUUUAUAUUUCAAAGACCACGCUCUCACCACAGCCUCCCAUCCAUGCACUACCGGAAGACGAGGUGGUUCCUAUUCGAGGGAUAAAAGCAGUCAUGGUUAGGACAAUGACAGCAUCUGGCCAGAUCCCCCAGUUUGGUUACUGUGAUGAGGUGGACAUGGGUCAGUUGGUACAGCUGCGUUCCUCUCUCAAAGACAGAUUACUUGAGAAAGGCGUCAAGUUCUCCUACAUGCCGCUAAUUUUGAAAGCUCUCUCUCUGGCCCUGUUGGAGUACCCCAUGCUCAAUGCACACGUGGACCAGGAGUGUACUACAAUUACCUACAAGGCUGACCAUAAUAUCGGCAUCGCCAUGGAUACACCAGAUGGACUUAUUGUGCCGAAUGUCAAGAGAGUGCAGACUAAAUCAGUAUUUGAGAUUGCAGUUGAACUGAACCGUCUCCAAGAGUUGGGCAUGUUGGGCAAGUUACCCCCUGCUGACAUUGUGGGAGGGACCUUCUCUCUGUCAAACAUUGGAGCGGUUGGUGGGACUUAUGCAAAACCAAUGAUCUUGCCUCCUGAAGUAGCCAUUGGAGCAUUUGGGAAGGUUCAGGUCCUCCCUCGUUUUGAUCAAUCAGAUGAUCUGGUCCGUGCUCAUGUAAUGCAAGUGAGCUGGUCAGCUGACCACCGUGUGAUCGAUGGUGCUACUAUCGCUAGAUUCUCAAAUUUGUGGAAAAGCUUACUCGAGAACCCAGCCUCAAUGAUCUUAGACUUGAAGUAGGCUGUCUUGAUGACAAUAGUGUUUUGUAUCGUAUAUAUAUGUACGUACAGGUUUUUUUUGUCGUUAAUUGAUAAUUUUGUACAUUUUCAAA